AUGGGGAUAGUUUCAUCCCAAUUGUCCUCUAACUUUUAUUCCACAACGUGUCCUAAUGCACUUUCAACCAUUAAGAGUGGAGUUGAUUCUGCAGUGAGCAAUGAAGCUCGCAUGGGGGCAUCCCUCCUACGUCUCCAUUUCCAUGAUUGCUUUGUUCAAGGAUGUGAUGCAUCAGUGCUAUUGAAUGAUACAUCAAGUUUCACAGGUGAACAAACGGCUCGACCCAACGUGAAUUCCUUAAGGGGUUUUGGUGUAAUAGACGACAUUAAGUCUCAACUGGAGAGCUUGUGCCCUGGUGUUGUUUCUUGUGCCGAUAUUCUCGCUGUAGCAGCAAGAGACUCAGUCGUUGCUCUUGGUGGACAAAGUUGGACAGUGCAAUUGGGCAGAAGAGACUCAACCACAGCAAGUUUAAGUUCUGCAAACUCUGACUUACCUGGUUUUGCUUCCACUCUACAACAACUUGUCGAUGCUUUCUCCAGAAAAGAUUUCACCACAGAAGAAAUGGUUGCCCUGUCAGGAAGUCACACAAUUGGGCAAGCUAGUUGUUCGACCUUCAGAGCAAGGAUUUACAACGACACCAACAUAGAUUCCUCUUUUGCAACAUCGUUGCGAGCAAAUUGUCCUAGCGUAGGUGGUGACCGAAAUUUGGCCCCUCUUGACACCACCCCAACCACCUUUGACAAUACUUAUUUCCAGAAUUUGCAGAGCCAAAAGGGUCUCUUGCACUCAGAUCAAGAGCUUUUCAAUGGAGGAUCCACUGAUUCUCAAGUAAAUGGUUAUGUCAGCAACCCUUCGAGUUUUCAAACUGAUUUUGCCAAUGCAAUGGUGAAAAUGGGGAACCUUGGUCCACUCACUGGGUCUACUGGCGAGAUCAGAACCGACUGUUGGAAGACCAAUUAA